AGAAGGUGAUACUUGGUAUCGACGGGGAGGAGGUGGACGAAAACCGCGGUCCCGAAUGUCAGGUUGUGAGGAGCAGGCAGGAUAUUCUUGACGAGCGACGCCGAAAAGCAGUAGCCCACCGCACCGCCGCACAAGCAGCCAGGGACCAUUUCCUGUACAACUUAACAUUCGAGGCAAGAGAGGGAGAGGAAGCUGAGGAGGUUGAUGCUGCUGCUGGGGAAGAUGAAGCAUUGGAAGGUUAGCAAAACUAAUUGAAGCAUUACCGAAAUACCCAAUUAUAUUCAAUUGUUAUUUCAGGUAUUGAUUUUGCGGCAUGUGCGUCGGUGGAGGAGAUGGUGAAGAAACUCCCUCGACCCAUCACCAAAAAGGCUAUAACAACGCUCCUCCAAAACCUACCGUGCCUCAAGUCUAACAAACUGAAAGCAAACAUGGUAAAUCUGAGCCCUAAGUGGAACGUCUACAUAAGUGCGGGGUGUGCUUGGGCAUUUGGAAAGUCACAUCGGGACAAUCCAAGCAAACUGUUCAGUUCGCUCUUGUUGGAGUGCGUCCCUGAGUUUGUGCUGGCUCUCCCCUACAUGUCGGCCUCGGGCGCAAACGGUUGUGUGGGUAUACCCCUCCCAAUACGUCAGGCUGUGUGCUACCACACAAACAUGAUUUCUGCUAAGGCUCUCCUAAUGUCUUAAACAACGAAGCAAAUCAACAACCUCAUCAAAGACUGUCGAAAGGACAAGAAGGUGCAGGACAAAUUAAGAGAAUUAUUGACCCCAGUUCCAGCUGCAGCUCUUUAGGUCUAUAGUGUCUUGUUUGG